CCCGCCCGGCCACCACUAUCUGGAAACCACCUCCACAAGCCACCUACAGGUCCGGUGUGGCGUCUGUAUCCAGAGAGGACCCGUGCAGCGGCCGUGACGAGGCUUACGCCGCCGGGGAGCUGGGGGCCGCCACGUUCGAGAUGACAAAAGAGACAAGAUUCUGUGCCGUGUGCAGCGACUACGCCUCCGGGUACCACUACGGGGUGUGGUCCUGCGAAGGCUGCAAGGCCUUCUUCAAGAGGAGCAUCCAGGGUCACAAUGACUACAUGUGCCCAGCGACCAACCAGUGUACUAUCGACAAGAAUCGGAGGAAGAGCUGCCAGGCUUGUCGUCUUAGAAAGUGUUACAAAGUGGGCAUGAUGAAAGGAGGUUUGCGCAAGGAUCGUGGGAGUCGUGUUUUGCGGCGGGAGAAACAGCGCAGUGGCGCCAGUGAAAGAGACAAGAAUUCUAAAGAGCUGGACCACAAAACUGCGCCAUUUCAGGACAGGAGGAAAAACGGCAGUAGCAGUUCUAGUGGAGGAAAUACGCUGGUAACUGGCAUGCCUCCUGACCAGGUGCUGCUUCUCCUCCAAGGAGCCGAGCCUCCAAUACUUUGUUCCCGUCAGAAGCUGAGUCGACCCUACACCGAAGUCACCAUGAUGACUCUGCUCACCAGCAUGGCUGAUAAGGAGCUGGUCCACAUGAUCGCCUGGGCCAAGAAGCUUCCAGGGUUUCUGCAGUUGUCUCUUCACGACCAGGUGCAGCUGUUGGAGAGCUCUUGGCUGGAGGUGCUGAUGAUUGGCCUCAUUUGGAGGUCCAUCCACUGUCCCGGCAAACUCAUCUUUGCUCAGGACCUGAUACUGGACAGGAGUGAAGGCGACUGCGUCGAGGGCAUGGCUGAGAUCUUCGACAUGCUGCUGGCUACCGCCUCCCGCUUCCGCAUGCUCAAACUCAAACCGGAGGAGUUUGUGUGUCUCAAAGCGAUCAUCUUACUCAACUCCGGAGCCUUUUCUUUCUGCACCGGCACCAUGGAGCCGCUGCACGACAGCGCGGCGGUACAGAGCAUGCUGGACACCAUCACAGAUGCGCUCAUACAUCACAUAAGCCAAUCAGGAGGCCCCAUCCAGCAGCAGUCCAGACGACAAGCCCAGCUCCUCCUCCUGCUCUCCCACAUUCGCCACAUGAGCAACAAAGGCAUGGAACACCUGUACAGCAUGAAGUGCAAGAACAAAGUGCCUCUGUACGACCUGCUGCUGGAGAUGCUGGACGCGCACCGCCUCCACCGCCCAGUCAGGGAGGCACAGGCCUGUUCCCAUGGCAACCGAGAACCCCCCUCCACCAACAUGGCUACGUCCUUCUCCUCGGCCGGCUCUGGAUCAGGACCGCAAGGCAACCACGAGGCCCCGAGCAGAGCCGGACUGGGAGUCCUGCAGUACGGCGCGUCGCACUCCAACGGCGCGCACGUCCUAUGAGACAGCACGAGG